AAAUGUCUUCGUGGAAAAAGGCGUCGAAAAGUAAUCAAAAGGUGCACAGAGAAAGACAUCAGCCAGAGGCACGUGCACACCUUGGACUCUUAGAAAAGAAAAAAGAUUAUCGCAAACGGGCUAGAGAUGCAGAACGCAAGGCUAAAACCCUUCAAAUAUUGCACAAACGGGCCUUGAAUAAAAAUCCCGAUGAAUUCUAUCAUCAUAUGAUACGUUCCAAGUUACACGAUGGCGAACAUCACGAUGAAGAUGUGGAAAAGGAUGAACAUAGUAAGGAACAGUUGGCACUGAUGGAGACACAAGAUAUCAAAUAUAUUACCAUGAAACGUACAAUGGAAGCGAAGAAAAUUAAACGCUUACAGUCACAGCUACAUAUGAUCGACUUUGCCAACACUGUGCCCAAUAAGCAUUUGUUCUUCGAUGAAGAGCCGAAAAAUGGUGAAUAUGUUGAGGCAAAGGAACUGAGUGAUAUGGAAUUGGCAGAACGUUUAGAAACCCACCCCAGUAUGUUGGAUAGGAAAACAAAUCGUCCACGUCUGAAGGAUUUGGAAAAGUUACAAAUUCCUGCAUUGAGUCCAGAGGAAAUCAAAAAGGCCAAUCAAUUGAAAUUACAAUCAUAUCAGGAGCUAUCAAAACGUAUUGAACGUGAAAAAGCAUUGGCUUUGGUUCAGCAGAAGCUAGAAAUCAAACGAGCCCUGCAACAGCCUCGUCUGCUGAAACCCAAGAAAAAGAGCCGUGGCACCAAGGAUUCAGCGCCAGUUUAUGAAUUUCCUUAUGAACGUAAGAAGUAA